AUGGACAUUGGCAAGCCCGUCGGGGCGAGUAUUGCCAGUGUGGACUUUGGGGUCAUGAGUGACGAAGAGAUUCGGCGCCUCCUGGCCAAACAGGUCACCAACCCCGUGGUGUUCGACAAUCUCGGCCACCCCAUCCAGGGGGGUCUCUACGACUUGGCUCUCGGGGCGUUCCUCCGCCACCAGUGCCACACCUGUGGUCUUGACGAAAAAUUCUGUCCCGGUCAUUUGGGCCACAUCGAGUUGCCCGUGGUGUGCUACAACCCGAUGUUCUUCAAGCAGAUGUACUUGUUUUUGAGAGCUCUGUGUGUCUACUGCCACCACUUUAAGAUGCUGGCAGAGCAAAAGCACUUGGUCAUGUGCAAGCUUAAAUUGUUGCAAUAUGGGCUUGUGCGUGAGUGUGACAUUGUCGACGGUAUUGGUGCCGGUUCUCCCGACGAUGUUGACGAAGAAGGCACCGGUAUCAAAGGCGACACUAAGAAAGUGAUGGCGCUUAGAGAAGACUAUGUGGCGAGAAAAGUGGCUAAAGCUACUCCCGUACAGACGCUGACACUUAUCGAAGAGCGUAAACGUGUGAUUCUGGACUUCUUCAAGCGGUUGAUCGCUAGAGGUAAAUGUGACAACUGUGGCAUGUUCUCGCCGCUGUUCCGUAACGACGGCUACUCGAAGUUGUUCGAGAACUCGUUGACUGAUGCUCAACUCGCUAACAACCGUGUUAAAGGUUUGCUGCGCCCGCAAAUCGUCAAGGGCGGUGUUUCUGAUAUCACCGUCCGUUCUAAGGGUUCGAAAUACGUGUUGCUGACAGAAGUGCACGGUAUCAUACAACGGGUAUUCCAACAAGAACAACAAGUUUUACUGACGGUGUUCCAUCUGCGCCCGCUGGACGCGGAGGUGUCGGGGGACAUGUUCUUCCGCAAGGCGUUGGUUGUCCCUCCCACCCGUUUCAGAUUGCCGUCUAAGCUUGGUGACGAGAUCCACGAAAACGCCCAAAACGCCCUGUUAUCGGAAAUCUUGCAAACCGCUCUCAAUAUCCGUGACUUGAACGAACUUAUCGCUACUUCCUCGGCUAAGGAAUUAUCGGCGGAAGUGCGCAAACAGAACUUCAACCGGUUGAUGAAUAACUUCGUCAAGUUGCAAAACGACGUCAACACGUUUAUGGACUCGACCAAGGCCCAGUCUAACGGGGGUAAGCUUCCCAACCCCGGUGUCAAGCAAGCGUUGGAAAAGAAGGAAGGUUUGUUCAGAAAACACAUGAUGGGUAAGAGAGUCAACUUUGCUGCUCGGUCAGUCAUUUCUCCCGACCCCAACUUGGAAACUAACGAAAUCGGUGUGCCUCCCGUGUUUGCCCAUAAGCUUACCUACCCUGAACCCGUCACCACUCAUAACGUCGCUGAAUUGCGUCAGUGUGUGAUUAACGGUCCCGAAAAGUGGCCCGGGGCGAUGCUGAUCCAAAACGAAGACGGGCUGAUGGUGUCGCUUUUAGGGAUGACCUUGGAACAAAGAAAAGCCGCCGCUAACCAGUUGAUGACUCCCUCGGGUCCCGCCCAAGGGGUCAAGAAGGUGUUGCGUCACAUCAGAAACGGUGACGUGGUGCUUAUGAACCGUCAACCGACGUUGCACAAGGCCUCGAUGAUGGGUCACAAGGUGAGAGUGUUGCCCGGGGAAAAGACGUUGAGAUUGCACUACGCCAACACCGGUGCCUACAACGCCGAUUUCGACGGUGACGAAAUGAACAUGCACUUCCCGCAAAACGAGAACGCCCGUGCCGAAGCGUACAACUUGGCCAACACCGAUUCGCAGUACUUGACCCCUACCUCGGGGCUGCCGUUGCGUGGUUUGAUUCAAGAUCACAUUUCCGCCGGGGUGUGGCUUACGCUGAAGGACUCGUUCUUCACCAGAGACCAAUACCAACAGUUGGUGUACCUGUGUAUUAGACCCGAAGACGGCCACACUUUGGGUGCUCCUCGCAUUCGCACGUUGCCUCCCACCAUCAUCAAGCCGCAACCGUUGUGGACGGGUAAGCAAGUCAUUUCCACCGUGUUGCUUAACAUUGUCCCUCAUAACGCUCCCGGUCUUAACUUGAAGCUGAAGAAUAAGGUUAAGAAUGAACUCUGGGGGGUUGACUCCGAAGAGAACACCGUCAUCUUCCACAAGGGUUUGCUUGUGUGUGGUAUCUUGGAUAAGUCGCAAUACGGUGCCCAGCCCUACGGGAUGGUCCACUCGAUCCACGAAGUGUACGGCCCCACCACUGCCGGUGCUGCCUUAUCAGUAUUGGGUCGUCUUUUCACCAACUACAUCAUGCAAACCGCCUUCACCUGUGGUAUGGACGACUUGAGAUUGACUGACGAUGGUAACAACUGGAGACAAGAGAUCCUUAAGAAGGGUCCUCAAACCGGUAGGGACGCCGCGUUGGAAGUGACCAACUUGACCGCGGAAGACUCGCCGAAGGAACUCCGUCGUCGUCUCGAGGAAAUCUUGAGAGAUGACUCUAAGUUGGGUAUUCUCGAUGCCAUCACUCAAAACAAGGUUAACCAGAUCACCUCGGAAGUGGUUGGUAAGUGUAUCCCUGACGGUACGAUGAAGAAGUUCCCUUACAACUCGAUGCAGGCCAUGGCCACUUCUGGUGCCAAGGGGUCCAACGUUAACGUGUCGCAGAUUAUGUGUUUGUUGGGUCAACAAGCGUUGGAAGGUCGUCGUGUACCCGUGAUGGUCUCUGGUAAGACUCUUCCCUCGUUUAAGCCGUUUGAGACUGACCUGAGAGCUGGUGGUUACAUUAAGCAACGGUUCUACUCGGGUAUCCGCCCUCAAGAAUACUACUUCCACUGUAUGGCCGGUAGAGAAGGUUUGAUCGAUACCGCCGUCAAGACGUCGCGUUCGGGUUACUUGCAACGUUGUUUGACUAAGCAAUUGGAAGGGGUCCACGUCUCCUACGACGACCUGGUGCGUGACGGUGACGGCCAGGUGAUCCAGUUCUUGUACGGUGGUGACGCCGUCGACGUCACUAAGCAGCUGCACAUGCACCAGUUCCAGUUCUGCUUGGACAACUACGACGGCUUGCUCAACAAGUACCAACCCGGUGAAGCCAUCGAACACUUGGACGUCGAAACCGCCGUCAAGUACUCGAAGAAGGCCCGCAAACACCUUAAGAAGGAAGCCGACUUGCCUGUCUACGCCCAACUGGACAAGUACGACCCCGUGCUCUCGGUGUACUCGCCGCUGCGGUACUUGGGUUCUGUCUCGGAACUGUUUGCCGCUAAGCUCGACGACUUUAUUGCCCAGAACCCUCAAUUCUUUGAGAAGGGUGUCUCUCCCGUUUCCGAAAAGAAGUUCCGUGCGAUGAUGGCUCUUAAGUACAUGAGAUCGGUGGUCCACCCUGGUGAAGCUGUGGGUAUCAUUGCCUCGCAAUCUAUUGGUGAACCGUCGACUCAAAUGACGUUGAACACUUUCCACUUUGCCGGUCACGGUGCCGCUAAUGUGACGUUGGGUAUUCCCAGAAUGAGAGAAAUCAUUAUGACGGCGUCGGCCGCGAUCAAGACGCCGCAGAUGUCGUUGCACUUGUUGCCUGACAUCAAUCUGGAGAUGGCCGACUCCUUCUGUAAGCUGGUGACUCGGGUCACUCUUGGUGAAUUUAUUGACUCGGUGUCGGUGACUGAAACUACUUCUGACGGGGCCAGAUCCUACCAAGUGCAAGUUAAGUUCUACACUAAGGCUGAAUACGAAAAGGAGUACGACAUCUCUCAGGCUCAGCUUGAACACACCGUCCAAGGUCCUUUCCUCCAGAAAUUGGAAACCGAGAUCGUGAAACAGUUGAAGAAGGCGCUGAAGAAGCAACCGGUGGAAGUGGGGCAACUGGCAGGCAAGAUCGACUUGGAAACCGUCCGCUCGUCAGGCAAGGACGACGACGACGACAUCGACGCCGAAGACACCCUGAAGAAGCAAGCGGUGCUGUACGAUGGUCCCGACGACGACGAAGUCGAGAUCAUGCAAAAGGCCGAGGCUCUGGACGCCGAGAACGACGACGACGAGCCCAACUCCGGCAGCGACCUGGACUCCGACGCCGACGACGUCGACAUGGACGCCGAGCGCCUGGAGUUGCUGAAGCUGGCCAAGGAAAGACAGAGUGCCGUCAUUGGCCACACCAACUACGUCACUGCCUUUGACUUCGACGACGCCCACGGCGAGUGGUGCUCGUUCCUGAUCAAGUUGAGAGGUAAGGGCGACACGUUGCCGCCGAAGUUGUUGAUGGUGAACAUCAUCGAGGACACCUGCCGGGCCCUGGUGGUGCGGGAGAUCCCCCAUAUCCAGCGGUGUGUGCGGGACCCUCUGGACCCGAAGGCGUUGACGACGGAAGGGGUUAACUUCCGCGCGAUGUGGGACGAGGACGAGUUCAUCGAUGUCGACAAGAUCACCUCCAACGACGUGGCGGCGGUACUCAAGACCUACGGGGUGGAAGCGGCGCGUAAUACCAUCGUCAACGAAAUCUACCGGGUGUUCGACACCUACGGGAUCUCGGUGUCGCUGCGUCACUUGGACUUGAUUGGUGAUAUGAUGACUCGCCAAGGUAACUACCUCGCGUUCAACAGACAGGGGAUCGACUCGCUGACGUCAGCGUUCAUGAAGAUGUCGUACGAGACCACGUGCCAGUUCUUGACCAAGGCGGUGUUGGACGGCGACCGUGAACAGUUGCAAUCGCCGUCGGCGAAGAUUGUGUUGGGUAAGGUGGCGGACGUGGGCACGGGCUCGUUCGACCUUUUGGCCCGGGUGCAAUAA